GAGGGCUCUGGCAGCAAGACUGCCGAGGUGAAUGCGUUUCGGAGCGACCACCACAACCCGAGCGUCACAAAAGAUGACCAAGUAAUAGACGAGACAAUUGGUAUACUAUAGUUAGUUAUAGUGGACAACAAAAACCCAUCAUGAGCAAAGAGUUGGCGAGAGAGAUUCUGCAAUACGUCAAGUUACGAGAUCGUCCAUCUCGUUUGGAGUUGCGCAUUUGGGGCGGGACUCCCAUGAAUCGGAUCAUGAACAUUACGGCUCCUGUCGAGCAAGGUCAAUUGGUGUACCGAUUGGGUCACUAUCAAGAACGACGGACGCAUUGGGGCCAAUCGUAUGCCAAUGAAGUCCAGUGCGAAUUGAAAUUCAGUCCGGAACAUCUUCAAGGAGUGAUUGCUCUAAUCGAUGGCGCCAAUUACGGCGUCGACGAUGGCCGCAUUCAAGUCGUCAGUGUCGAACAGUCCAUUGUGUUGGCGCAGUUCCGAUUGCCCGUAGGAGACGAUCAGAGAGACACCAGACUCGAUAUCAUCAAGGGAGCUCUCACUACGCUCAUGGGGGAGUGAACGACAAAACAAAACAAAAUACAAACCAUUCAAUGAAAAUGAAAAUCAAUCCACAAAGAAAGGACCACACGAGGACGACACGUGUGUCAAUAUCCAAGAAUUGCUGCUUUUUUGUUGUGGAGAAAAUGGAAGCCCCCCCCCUGCCAGAGGCGACAAACAUCUCAAAGCAGAGCAACCAUUUUAUUUUAUGAAUGAAAAAAAGAGGAGAGAAAAAAGCUUUGUCAUCGACACGGCUUGACGUGGGACAGACAGAAAAAAAAAACACGCUUUCGCUUUUGGGAACAAUUUCAGCUGGCCCACAAACAAACAAACAAACAAACAAACAAACAAACAAACAAACAAACAAACAAACA